AUGGAAGACAGCGGUCCAUCAAUGGAGAAUCUUACAUGGACUGAAGCACAAAUGGACUAUUUAGUCCAACAUCUUGUGGAGCAAUCCCGCAUCCCUGGUAUGAAAUCUGGUGGAGGAUUGAAGUCCAAAGCAUAUACAGCAAUUGAAAAAGGCAUGAUAGACAAAUUCGGUCCAGAAUUCAGUAAAGAGAAAAUAAAAAACAAAUUGAAGUACUCAAAACCAAACUUGACAGUCAUGAAAGAAAUUUUGAAUACAAGCGGGUUUGGGUAUGACCCAAUCAACAAGUGUAUUGAAGUCGACCCACAAGUAUGGAAUGACUAUAUUGAGAAAUACCCGAACAGAAAAAAGUACAGAGGUCCCAAGUUAUGGAGAUACUUUGACGAGUUCGUCGAGGUCUUCGGCGAUUCUCAUGCCACUGGAAAAGAGUCUGUCACAUUAAACAGCAUCAUACAUGAGGACGUUGAAUCAGUACCACAGACACAUGCAUCCCAAUCCACUCCAAUGUACAUGAAUCCUGAAUCUUCACAAUCUUUCACACAAAUGUUUUAUGAAGAUAGUCAUCCACCACAAUCGCCAGUACCUCCUACUCCUACCACUGAUUUUCCAAUGGCAACUAAUAAGACGACUAGUAGGUCUAAAAAGUAG